AUGUACUCUAGUGAUGAUUAUAAUGAGGGUGGAUAUGAAUCCUAUGGUGAUUACGAACCUCACACGGGAGAUCCGCAGUAUGACCUAGAAUACGACAGGUCUUCAUACUAUAAAAUGCCUGACAUGGUCAAGAAAUUCCUUGUUUACUUCCGUAACAUGAUCAAUGAGGGAGUAACAUAUGAAAUCCUCAACCUGUAUGAGAAUACCUUCCCAAAACUUACUGAACAGUAUUUUGAGAACACUCCGUGGCCUGAUGAAAAUGAGGUGUCUCCUGUGGUGGAUAAUGACCAUGUAUUCAUGAUCCUUUACAAGGAAUUGUAUUACCGAGACAUCUAUGCGCGUGUCCCUGGUGGACCAAAACCCGACCAGAGGUUCCACUCUUUCUACAAUUAUUGUGACCUCUUCAACUACAUUCUGUCUGCGGAGACGCCUGUACCCCUAGAGUUGCCUGACCAAUGGCUGUGGGAACUCAUUGACGAGUUUGUCUAUCAAUUCCAGUCAUUUGCGCAAUACAGGUCACGCACAUCAAAGUUGAGCCCAGCAGAAAUUGACGCUCUCAAUACUGAAAACAAGGCCUGGAAUGUGCUUUGUAUCCUCAAUGUACUACACUCCCUUGUAGACAAGUCCAACAUCAAGAGGCAACUUGAGGUGUAUGCUGCUGGCGGCGACCCUGACUCAGUUGCGGGAGAAUUCGGACGUCACUCCCUAUACAAGAUGUUGGGCUACUUCUCCCUUGUAGGCCUUCUACGCCUGCACUCCCUGCUUGGAGAUUAUUACCAGGCCAUCAAGGUCUUGGAAAACAUUGAGCUUCAUAAGAAGUCUCAGUACUCGCAUGUGCCUGCCUGCCAAAUCUCCACUUCUUACUAUGUGGGAUUCGCCUACAUGAUGAUGCGUCGUUACGCCGACGCUAUUCGCACGCUGUCCUCAGCUCUGCUGUACAUGCAGCGCACCAAACAGCUGUUCUCUUCCCGUUCAUACCAAAAUGACCAGAUUAACAAGCAGACUGAGCAGAUGUACCACCUUUUAGCUAUCUGCCUGGUUCUCCACCCUCAGUGUGUUGAUGAGUCCAUCCAGCAGGUGCUCCGUGAGAAGAACUACCACGAGAAAAUGUUCAAGAUGCAAUAUGGUGACUUGGGAGAGUUUGAGAGCUGCUUCACUUUCGCUUGCCCUAAAUUCCUAUCACCUUGCCCACCGCCUAUUGAACCGGGCUCCAAUUAUGGACGUGACGCUGUAAAGCACCAGACUCAGGUGUUCAUGGAUGAGGUGCGUCAACAAAAGAUGCUGCCAACAAUUCGUUCGUACUUGAAACUGUACACCACUCUGCCGUUGGCCAAACUCGCUGCCUUUAUGUCGGCUGCGCGUGGUGGCGAUAGGGACGCGGCGCGCGAACAUGCCGCCCUAGCGAUCCACCUGCUUUGCUUCAAGCACAAGAUGAAGAAUGUUGUCUGGACUAAGGGACCUAGUGGUCUUGAUGGAAAGUUCCAGAGCGGAUCUGAGUUGGACUUCUACAUUGACAAUGACAUGAUCCACAUUGCUGACACGAAGGUGGCUCACCGUUUCGGCGACUUCUUCAUUCGUAAACUUUUGAAAUUCGAAGAACUGAACCGAAAGCUCCAUCACAUUAAAAUCUAA